UUGUUGGAUGCCGUGGAGUCGUUAGGGGAUUGGGAUAUGUGUUAUAGGAAUUUGUGAUAAAUCAGAAGAUAUUUGAGUAGUUAAAAGCUGCGCUUGCAGCAAGGUUUUUAAUCUUCGUCGAACGAAAUUUCGACUGCUUUCGGUCCCCUGUCUAUUGAAGAGACUCGUGCAAAAUGGCGUCAACUGUGGUUAAACUAAAGAAUUUCGCAACAGGCUAUAAAAUCGCAUUUGGACCAUCUUCAAGUUGUAGGACGCUGACUACUUCCCAUAGGUUAUCAAAUGAAGUAAAAGAUAAUUGGUUCUCAAAGGUUUUUGUUCGGAAAAUUGAACCAACCAAGGAGUCCCACUCUCGCCUUCUUUCUGAUAAAGAUGUCAUCUAUGAACUCCAAACCCAUAAUAUCAGACCUGACAUGAGGGACAAAUAUCUUUCAAAUUAUGAAAAGCAUUGUCAACUUAUGGCUUCAUCUGACAUCAACGCUGAAUUGGUUGGAAGCUGGUCUGUCAUUGUUGGUGACCAAGAUCAAGCAUUUCACGUGUGGCGUUAUAUUGGUGGUUAUGCAGAAAUCGAUAAGGCAUGUGUCACCCUUGCCAAGAGCAAUGAACAUCGUCGUUUGUGGAAUGAGCAGGGUCAGUGCAUUCGUGCUCGACACAACCAAUACGUUCUUACAUUUAGCUUUUGGCCCCAGAUUGAGAGCCGAAAAGGCCCCAACGUCUAUGAAGUACGGAAUUAUGUUCUAAAGCCAGGAACCAUGAUAGAAUGGGGCAACAAUUGGGCAAGGGCCAUCAGUUUCAGGCGUGAAAAUGAAGAGGCAUUCGCUGGAUUUUUCUCUCAGAUUGGAAGAUUGUACAAUGUUCAUCACGUUUGGGCCUACUCAGACCUUCAGUCACGUAAGGAAACUCGGGAAGCCGCUUGGAGAAAACCUGGUUGGGAUGAAUGCGUCGCGUAUACAGUCCCAUUGAUUCAACAAAUGCACACUAAAAUAAUGGUACCCCUUCCAUUCUCCCCUACUCAGUAAAUAAUCAAGAGCAAAAUUUGCCGUUUUGGCGUCUUGUAGCUGAUGAUAGGUACAUGGAAGAUCAACAGAAUCCUAUACAAACACUUAACGUCUCGCUCUCCCUCUUCUCAUUUUGAUCGACAGAAGAGGGAGUGCGCGACUAUUGCAAUUUAAUUUUUUAAGGUUUCGUCAAUGGUAAUCGAGGGAUUCUGAAAAAAAAAGGAAGUUUGUAGUUUAUCGGCAUUAUAAUGUACAAAGUGCUCCGUGUGGUUUGAAGCAUUUAAAUUGAUUGAAUAAAAUAGAACAGAAAGAAA